CACUUCUCUCCAAACAAACACUGGUCUGGCUCCUGCAUUCGAAUAAUCUCAGCAGAGUCUCGUCAAUCAGCAAGCUCUCAUGUGGACAGCGGCGCGCUCAAAUGUUUCUCAAGUCUUCUUGUCUGGUCGCUUUCAGAGGACUUGGCUAGACAAUUGCUGUUACGCAUAGUAAUCGAAAUUCUCACGAAGCUUCAUUCAGUCGGUUGUUCUGUCGGAAUGUAGUAUGGAGGUGCCUUCAGCGUUUCCAGUAGCGGCAGCCAGCAGGGCAUGCAUGCAGGCCUUCAGAUAUCUCAUAACGACAUUAGAACAUCCAAACCAAAAUUCUGAAGGAAAGCUAGAUGUUAAGACUGUGGAGGCUCAACGUGAUCGGUUCAAAGUAUGGGCGACCAGCCUCGGGGGGCUGUAGCACGGAAGGGCGUCUCUCGAUUUCCCCCUCAUGGACACACCUCUCUUGCAGAAUAUGGUCUUGAAAUUCCUGAACCAGUUGCAGAAAUCUGUGAGCGAAAGCACUGAAAUUGUCGGAGGAAAGAGGCAACCGAAAGAGAAGAUGCUGGUUGAGGCUAUGAGCCAUCCUCAGGCCCACGAGUACGACUCUUCCGGUUCCAGCAGCUGCUCCGAUGAACUCGAGAAAAGUACUGACGAUGAAUCGCAAACCGAAUUGGGUCAGAACUCGGAGGAAAUCGAUGAUAUAAUAUCAUCGCUGUUCGCCCAGGACGAAGAACGCAACACUGUCGAUGUGUUCUCAGUAUACUCUGUGUUUGACCGGCGGCAUGUAGAAGAGUGGAUUCUCCAGCUGAGGAAAAGUUCCGAAGCGACAUUCUUAAAACCUAAAACAGCUGUCCAUACCACCUCGGACGAAGUCGACUAUGAAAGAUCCCAGUCGCAUGUCAAGGCCUCGAUAUUCAAAGACAAUGAUAAAAGACUCAUAGACCGCUGA